AAUAUCUCUUAUACUAAGUUACUAACUAUAUAUAAAGUGCAUCUUUGAUUUCCCAAUUUGUCAUUGAAAUCUAAAUCAUUAGUCCUCUAAAUUCUUCCAUUCCUACAAUGUCUGCAAUUUUCCGACAAUACACCUUUGAUGACUCAUUCCAACAAGUCUUCAUCUCCCCCAAAUUCCUCAAGGAAUACCAGAUUGCUCUCACCUUCGCCACCGACUACGACGACAACGACGCUGCCACCAACGGCGUCUUCCGCCCCACCUGGGACCAAACCAAAGUCACACCAGAAGCAAUCGAACGCUUCAAAAGAAACCACCCCGGCGUCAGCAUCAAGGUCUACAUCACCAUCGGAAACCGCCGCAACCACCGCCCCUUCCACCCACUAGACACCUCAUCAUGGAUCCAAAACGCCACCGAAUCACUCACCGCAAUCAUAAAAAACAAAGACUACAACCUCCAAAUCGACGGCAUCGACGUGCUGUACGAAGGCAUUGAUGCCUCACCAAGUGAUUUUACAGAGUGUGUCGGGAAUGUGAUAAAGAAUUUGAAAGAAAGUGGAACCAUCACAGAAGCUUCGAUUUCUCCAUCGUUUGGGUUGAACAGAGAUUUUUACUUCAAAUUGUACAGCAGUUUACCGUUGCUGAUUGACUAUGUGGAUUACCAGUUCCAGAAUGAGGUUGCCCCUGUUUUUGCACCCAAUGUUCUGGUGGGGCUGUUCGAGAAGCUUGUGAAGGGGUUUUAUCCGAGGUGCAAGGUGUUUGCUGGGUACAGUGCGGAGAAUGAGGAUUGGGGUUCGUUGUCGCCGAUUGUGUUCUUUCUGGGAGGCAUGGAUAUUCUGAAGAAGAGGAAAGGUAUUGGAAUUUCCAUUCAUUACCAUAAUUACUACCAGGAAGCUUCACAUGACGAAUGAAUCAUGAUGAUUUAUGUAUAUGAUGUAUACACAUAAUUAUUACAAUGUGCGGUGUGUGCUUGAUCGAUGCUAAAGCCACACGUCUGCUAUGAUGUAUGUAACUAUGAUUUACCAUUGUCUUGUUUAAUAAGACCCCUGGUCGCUAUA